CACCUAAUUUAAAUCAACUCAUUUCAAUUCUUACCCACCUUUCUUCUCUCUUUCUUCUUUCUCUCUCUACAUUCUUUUUAGAGAGAGAAGGGGAGGGAUAGAGAUAACACCGUAUACAGAGAUAUAUUCAAUCAUGGAAGGUGUGUCUGCGACUAUGUACAAAGGGUUAAAAGGUUACUGGAAGAGAAGAGGGUACGAGAAGCUAAGCGGGUCGGAGUCCCGGCGGCUGAAGAGCCGGGUGGCGGAGCUGGGCUCGACCCGGAGAAGAAGACGGGUGUGGCGGAUCCGGAUCGCCCGGCCGAAGCUAGGGUUUCUGAGGAGAGUCCCUUCGCCAAAGAAGCUCCUGGUUUGGCUACGAGACGCUUACGUGAAAAUGAUGAUGGGAUUCGCUAAUACGCGGGUGUGUAGUACUGGCUACGGUGGCGCCUUGUGUAACGAUGGGAUUGGUUCCUUCGGAAGGGCCCCACUCAAGGAGUACGACGAUAAGAUGAUCAUCGAGAUCUACAAGUCUCUGGUGCUAGCCCAGGGUCAACUCGUGCACCGCGAACCACCCAAUCUCAGCUCCGAUGUCGUUCCCCGGCGGUAAUAUUAUUACUAUUACUAUUAGUCCAAAAAAAACAAAACAGAGAUUGAAUUCACUUUUUUACCCCUUCAAAUUAUGGGUUUUCUUCUUUUCACUAAAAAAAAAAAGUUGAAUGUGUGAUUUCCUUGUAAUUGUAACAAAAAAGUAGAUUAUUGAUAGCUGACAAAUAAUUAAUUAAGCUUUUCAAGUGCCAUAUAUAAUGAAUAAUUAAUUUGAGGAGUAA